AACAAUAUUCCUGGUGUAGUGCAGUAGUGUAGCAUUAUCAAAUUGACCCGCGCAAACGUGAAAGAACGUGUUCUACGCCAAGCAGACUCAGAGUCCGACUUGUUUAGAGACUUUGCUUUAAUUUGUGACGCCUACAUUGCGCGAAUUUAGCAAACAUGUUCGGGCUGAGUGCUACAAGAAAUGCGAAGACGUUCCGGCCGCGCAAGAACACGCCUGUGGGAAGCAAGGGCCUGCAACUCAAGCGGCACAUCGAUGCAACUCUGGGCAGUGGCAACAUCAUGGAGGCAGUGAAGCUGCCUCCCGGUGAGGACCUCAACGAGUGGCUCGCUGUCAACACCGUGGAUUUCUACAACGCAGUUAGCAUUCUAUAUGCCACGCUUGAGGAGUUCUGCACGGAGCGGACGUGCGAAGUCAUGUCUGCGGGCGGGAAGUACGAGUACCUGUGGGCGGACGGCGUCAAGGUGAAGAAGCCGGUGCGGUUAUCAGCACCCGAGUACAUCAAUAAGCUGUAUGACUGGAUAGAGGAGCAGAUCGACGAUGACAAGACGUUCCCGCAGCAGUUCGGCUCGCCCUUCCCACCCAACUUCAUGGAGGUGAUCAAGACCGUCUUCAAGCGGCUGUUCCGGGUGUACGCGCACAUCUACCACUCCCACUUCAAGGCCAUCUGCUCACUGGGCGAGGAGGCUCACCUCAACACCUGCUUCAAGCACUUCAUCUUCUUUGUCACGCACUACAACCUGGUGGACGAGAAGGAGCUGGCGCCGCUGCAGGAGCUGAUAGACCAGUUCCUGGGGAGAGCGGGAUCAGCCAGCGCCGCGGGCACGCAGUAGUGCACCCGGCGGCAGCAGCUGCAGCAGCAGCACGGGAGCAGCGCGGUCGCCGUGACGUAUGGACACACGCGCUAUGUUUUGGCGCGGUUUGGCACACGGAGGGUGCAGCUGCGUGUGCUGUUGGGGGUCUUCGGGUGCAUUAGCACAGGGUGCUUCGAUCUUAAACGGUGCUCUGUAGGUGCAGGGGUGCACGUUGUAGGUCGGCGAGGGCUUGACGGGCUCGGGCUGCAUUGAAGGGCUGCACGCACCAUGCAGCGUUGGCAGAUGGUGAGGGGCGGGCCUGCAUGCCGUCACACCGCUCAUGCGUUCAAACUCAACUGGGCAAUAACGGCGUGUCUUCGAUAUGGAAGCAGGGGUGUGAGCAAGUGGACAUUAUUUGUGAGGCGCCUUACUCCUCUCCGUCAGUCUGCUGCCGCGCGGAACGCAAGGUAGGUGGGGCUGCGAUGCAAAACAUGGUGUCAGCAUCAUUGGACUCUGCGGUCUGGUUGUGACAUGGAAGAACACAUUGAUAUUAGAGUUGAGUGAAAAGCGCAUGGUGCGCUGCACAGUUAUUCAUUCACGGUGGUUUGGAGGCUUGUACGGCAGCCCAGGCAGACGCUGCAGUGAGGCGGGCGAGGACGAGGGGGGCGAAACCCCGCUUGAGUCCCCACGUGACAUCCCAGGAUUUCCACACUUCCCAGCCAGUGGUCACAGCUAUGGCCGCGGUGGCACCUAUAUGCCAGUCACUUCGGCGCGGGUCUUUGGUCGGCCAGGCACAGAGGUGCUGUUCGGUAUGCUUAGCAACUUAUGCGAGGCGGGGCAAUGCAUCUACCGUAAUUACCAAAUGUUUCACUGACACAGUGCCACCAGAGACGGUGGGUCUACGCCGCUCGCCUCGUCUUUACGUUGGAAAGGGGCGCACACAACCAACCUUGCCAUGUAAGCCAAAGCAACACAUCACGCCGCUGCCUGCUCACGCGUCGCAGAGCCGCAACGUCUACCCUCAUAUCAUAUAAGUAGCAGAUGCACUGCAGGAACUGCCCGUUGUAUCGGACCUACCACCAACCGUGUCAGCCACUUUGUGGCCCCAGCCAGGCCACUGACCUGCAGGCUACUCAGCACGUGGACACCCACACUGCGCACACCGCCUCGCCCGGUCUACCACAUUCGACCGGAGCUCCUCCUUUGACCCAGUGCGGCAUCAGUAUCUCCCUGACCAUGCACACGCAGUUUACCCUCCCAAAUGAUCCAGCGACACAGCGUUGCACGCGCCCAGCCGACACUUGCAUGCUUGGUGUCGCGUGCGUGGUGCCAACAUAACCAAGCACGCGCACGUCUCUGUCAUGCGCACACACAUCCGUCAUGGCACGGCACACGUCCUGUCAAUGGCGACACAGCGAUAAGCACAAGAAGUAUUUUGCUGGGCAAAUGGGCACCGGUAUACUAACGCGCUUUCCUCGGCUACACCAGCCCUUCGGUAGCCGGCAAGUUCAUAACCAGAUUGCAACAGCGUUGUUGCAAUUCGCCGCAGUGUAUUACGGUAUGUUCAGAGCAACAUCGAUGAGGCAUCCACGUAUGCACCAACGUACGCCCCGAGCGUCAAAAGAUACUCUGUGUUAGCGCCUUGCACGGAGCCUUGUGUGCCCAAUGCGCAGCUUGACGAUGUUCGACCACCCUACUGCGGCACAGCACUCAAGCACGUGCGCUGACCGGGGUGAGGCGGCUCUCACGCCACAAAGUCGAACCUGCUCGUUCGACCAUCAUCCAGGCCGCUUGGCGGCGCGCAGCACGCAGCGACGCCUCUGAGAAGCUGCGCACCAACUCCAGCAAGCGCAGCGGUGCCUCGCGCUGUGCAUCACUUGCAUGUGUACGACAACUGCACAUCAUCCCU